AUGGAAGAAGCGGCGGAUCUGGCUGCGGCAGACCGCGAGAAGGGCAAGGACGACGUCGACGCGGCGAGCAGGCUCACCUACGAGAUCUUCUCCCUGCUGGAGUCCAAGUUCCUCUUCGGCUGCGACGUCCCGGGCGGCCUCUUCCCUAGCGCCGCCGUCGCCGCCGCCGGGCACCCGCGGGCAGCCGCCAGCACGGGCCGCAAGGUGUGCGUCCUCUCCAUCGACGGCGGCGCGCGCGCGGCCGACGGGCUCCUGGCGGGCGCGGCGCUGGUGCGCCUGGAGGCCGCGCUGCGGCGGCGCGCCGGCAGCCCCGCGGCGCGGCUGGCCGACUUCUUCGACGUCGCCGCGGGGUCGGGCGCGGGGGGCGUCCUGGCGGCGCUGCUGUUCGCGCGCGGGCCGCGCGGGCGGCCCAUGUGCAGCGCCGACGAGGCGCUGGCGUUCCUGAUCCGCCGCAUGCGCCGCCGCCGCCACGGCGCGGGGGGCCUGGGGCAGCUGGUGUUCGCGCGCCGCCGCGGCCCCUCUUCCUCCCCCGCCGCCGCCGCCUCCUUCGGCAGGGCGCUCGGCGACCUCACGCUCCGCGACACGGUGCGCCCGGUCCUGGUGCCCUGCUACGACCUGGCCACGCGGGCGCCGUUCCUCUUCUCGCGCGCCGACGCCGCGGAGUGCGCCGCGCACGACUUCCGGCUGCGGGACGUGUGCGCCGCCACGUGCGCGGCCGGGGCAGCGGUGGUGGAGGUGGCGUCCGUGGACGGCGCCACGCGGAUCCGCGCCGUCGGCGGCGGCGUCGCGCUGGGAAACCCCACGGCGGCGGCCAUCACGCACGUCCUCAACAACCGGCGCGAGUUCCCCGCCGCGGUCACCAUCGACGACCUCCUCGUCAUGUCCAUCGGCACGGGCGCGGGGGACGCCGGCGGACGCGGCCGCAGGGCGCCCGAGGUCGCCAGCAUCGCCGCCGAGGGCGUCUCCGACAUGGUGGAUCAAGCUGUCGCCAUGGCGUUCGGACAUAGCAGGACGACCAAUUACAUCCGCAUCCAGGGCACGGGAGGGCGGUGCGGCGGCGGCGGGCGGGCGCCUCGGGCGUGCGGCGGCGAGACGAAGCAGCAGGCGGUGUGGAAGGCGGAGGCGAUGCUGCUGCAGAGGAGCGUGGAGUCGCUGCUGUUCCAGGGCCGCAAGCUGGCCGGCGAGACCAACGCCGACAAGGUGGAGCGGUUCGCGCGCGAGCUGGACAAGGAGCACGCCCGGAGGAAGCAGAAUCCGCAGCUGAUGAGCCCCGGCGGCGGCGGCCCGCCCAUCGUCGUCGCUUCGGCCGCAGCACCGAACAAUGACAAGCAGCCAGCCGACGACAAAGGCGACCGCGUCGGCCACCAACCACACCGUCGCACUGCCGGCGGAGGAGGCCCCACCGAGGCGGCGCCGGCAAGCGGCGGCACCGGCCUCGAAGCACGCCACAGCGACGUCGCGGCCGGACGGCGGCACGCGGUAGACACGAGACGCUGCAUGCGUCCUGCGAGCUUGUACUAG